CUGCUGUCGUACGUGAAUUUGUUCAAGGUCGCAACCCCGGUCGGUACUUCUAAUCAGAGUAGCCUCCAAUCUCGGCAAUGCAAAACGACCCUGAGGGAAGGCGCCGGAAAAAGAGCACCCCUCGACCCCUCGACACUGACUAGCAUGGAUAAUCUGGCGCUAGUACUGCAGAAGCAGGGAAAGUACGAGGCAGCCGAGGCGAUGAACCAGCGAGCACUGGAGGGAAGAGAAAAGGCGCUGGGGAAAGAGCACCCCUCGACGCUGACCAGCGUAUACAACCUGACCUAUCUGCUACAUCGCUGGGGUCAGUACGAAGAAGCUAUGCUACUCUACGAAAGAGCUUCUUCUGGCUACACUACCACUUUCGGCCAAGACCAUCCAACAACUCAGGCAUGCCUGGCCCAUCAACUCUCCCUCGAGCAGCUGUUGCACACACAAGAAACUGACAGUUCACAUUAUAGUCCAAAGCAUGAAUCAGGACACGAGGUUGUGGCCGACAGUACCCCUAUGCCCGAUCCUGGCUCGCUAGAGAGUAAUGUUAGUCCACUGAGACCACACCCGCUCCCAAAAGAGCGCUAA